GUCUCCGGCAGCUGUCUGACAGGCAGCUCGGCCUGCAAGUCGAUGGAGCACAAAGACAAAAAGAAAAAAAGAAAAACAUGCCGGCAACGCAAAUCCGUGAGUUCACGGAGAUGCGCUCGGGUCGUAGCGUCUUCUUCAGCCGGUGAAAUACAUACUGCCCGCUUCUUUGUGAAUCAUGCUGUGAUCCGGCCGGACAAUAUACUGGAUAAAGAACGGCAAUAAAUAAGGGCGGGUGACAGUGACGUAUGACAGUCAACACUCUACAUGAGCUCGAACCAUGCUGGACGUGGGGAAGUGGCCCGUGUUUGCCUUCCUGCCCCCGGACGAGCUGCGCCUCAUCCGGCAAGCGUGCGUCUUCGGGAGCGCUGGGAACGAGGCGCUUUACGUCACGGUCAACGACGAGGUCUUUGCCCUGGGCACCAACUGCAGUGGCUGCUUGGGUCUGGGGGACAUGCAGAGCACCAUCGAGCCCAGGAGAAUCGACGUCCUGUGUGGAAAGAAGAUCGUGUCCCUGAGCUAUGGCACAGGGCCCCAUGUGGUCAUUGCCACUACAGAUGGAGAGGUGUACGCCUGGGGCCACAAUGGCUACAGCCAGCUGGGUAACGGCACUACCAACCAUGGGCUCACCCCUGCACAGGUGUCCACCAACCUACUUGGCAAGAAGGUGACGCAGGUGGCCUGUGGUUCACACCACACCAUCGCCCUCACCACUGAAGGGGAGGUGUUCGCUUGGGGUUACAAUAACUCGGGCCAGGUGGGCUCGGGCUCCACGGCCAACCAGCCCACCCCGCGGCGGGUCAGUAGCUGUCUGCAGAACAAAGUGGUGGUUAACAUUGCCUGUGGGCAGUUGUGCUCCAUGGCUGUAUUGGAUAACGGAGAGGCCUACGGCUGGGGCUACAACUGCAAUGGGCAGCUGGGCCUGGGCAACAACGGGAAUCAGCAGACGCCAUGCCGCAUCGCUGCCCUUCAGGGCAUUAAUAUCGUGCAGGUAGCCUGCGGGUACGCGCACACGUUGGCACUCACGGACGAAGGCUUGGUCUACGCCUGGGGCGCCAACUCCUAUGGGCAGUUGGGCACAGGCAACAAGAGCAACCAAGCUUGGCCCACCCUCAUUAACAUGGACAAAGAGAGGAUGGUGGAGGUGGCAGCGUGUCAUACCUGCCACACGUCUGCGGCCCGCACCCAGGGUGGCCAGGUGCUGAUGUGGGGGCACUGCCGGGGCCAGGCCGUGGCCACCCCCCACCUCACGCACUUCACCAGCACAGAUGACGUCUUUGCCUGCUUCGCCACUCCAGCCGUCACCUGGCAUCUCCUCGCCGUUGAUGGAGACGAUCACCUGACAGUAGCGCAGUCACUCAAGAAGGAGUUUGACAGUCCUGAGAUCUCCGACCUGAAGUUCCUGGUGGACGGGAAGUACAUCCAUGUUCACAAGGCCCUGCUGAAAAUCAGGUGUGAACAUUUCCGGGAACUUUUGAACGAUACGGAUGAGGAAGCCAUCGAGGUCCAUCAGUUUUCUUAUUUGGUAUAUCGGGCUUUUCUCGAGUACCUGUACACCGACACCAUCAACCUGCCACCAGAGGACGCAAUAGUUGCCCUGAUAGAAAUAUCCGGCUCUCUGUACCACAUUCCCCACCGCUCUGGACCUGUGGACACCACAUGGGUGCUCCACCCAGGCCUGCUGGACCUUGCCACCUUCUACAGGGAGACACGGCUGAAGCGGUUGUGUCAGGAAACCAUCAAGAGGGGUAUCUGCGAGGAGAAUGCCAUCACCCUGCUGUCAGCAGCCGUCAAGUAUGAAGCCCGGGACCUGGAGGAGUUCUGCUUCAAGUUCUGUGUGAACCACCUGACGGCUGUGACCCAGACACAGGCAUUCACUGACAUGGACCAUGAGCUGCUCAAGAACUUCAUCAGCAAAGCCAGUCGCUUUGGGGCCUUCAAGAACUGAGUAAUCAUGGACCUAAGUGGCUUGUGGAUGUAGAAGGUCAACAGUGGAUUGGGUUGAGCUGAGAAAGGCCAUUCAGUGGGACCAAAACAGAGCAGACAACGAUCUAGACACCCCAAGGACCUGGGAACAGGAUACUGGGGACAUUGGCCAGUACAAUGAUCGUCCAGUGUGGGUCUCAUAUUUACAAACACACUAUCGCAUGGAGGUAAAUUAUCCCAGAAAUACAUAUCAUCUCCUGCCUGAGACAGAUGGCAGUGGAUACGAGUCCAUCUUUUGAUUGUUCAUCGAUAUAGAGCCAGUUCAGAACUGCAGCUUUCAUUUGGUUAGACAAAUUGAAAAGGAGCAGCUAAAAGCCCACAGACCACAAUAAAUGGGGCAUGACCACUGGGCACCUUGUAACAUGAGAGGUUAUGCUAAGGGCUGCUCUUCAGCACAGUAGAAAGCAGCUCAGAGGUGGGUAGAUAUGAACUUCUAACCACUCCUUUUUUGUUAAUACCAGACAAGAUCUGAAGCAUAGAUUGGAACCACUCAGUGAAGUUUACAUACCAGGAAGAGUCGGGCUUCUGCCGACAUUGGGAAAAAAAAACGGUCUGGAUUUUUCUGAGGCUAUUACUGUGAUUACAGGGUGCACGUUCCUGCAUUAUGGUUAUGCUGUGUUACAGCUGAAAAGUACUCGAAUAUUCAUGGUGACAUAAAUACAUAGUUGUGCUGAAGACAUAGUAAACACGUUUAUUUCACUUUAUAGUGUGAAAGAGAGAAUUGUUUACAUUAAAGCCUAGUUUGUGGAACUAACCAAAAAAGAGAAAUGAAUGGUAGCAAACAGAAAUACCGUAUAGACAUGUUUUAGUGUCCGGUAUGAAUGUGAUGAUACUAUACUCUAUGAAUUUGAACUGGAAAGGUGGGUAAGAGUUGACCAGAGAAAAAAGUGUUAAAACCCCUGUUCAAAGGAAUUUUCAGCAAAUGUUAUUGGCCUUGUGACAGUGUCCAUAUAGAGGAGCAACUGUUACACUUUGACUCGCUUCUUGAUAAACAAAGGUCACUGAGACAUUUGCCAUUUCAGAGGAAGGGAUUCCUGCAACCUGUGUUUACAGAUAGAGAUGAGCAGCUGAUAUCCUUUUAUUGCAGUUUAUCAUUAAGGAAAAGGAUCCCUCAAAUGACAAGUGGCUGACAGGACAUGGUCAACAGGAGUGUCCCUUAUCUCUGGUCCAUUAUAGAACACAACAGUGGUCAAGUGUUUCAAAUGUUUCAUGUAAGACCUGUAAAUCGAUGAAGAACUUUGGUCUGCAAUACUGCUGUUGACACAAAAAGAAAAUGUCAAGAACUAGAUAUGUAUUGCUGUUACAUCAGCAGUAAAGAAGUGAGUGGGACAAAGUUGUGUCUGUACAGAUUGCUGGAGAAGGGCUCUGCAAAUCCAGUUGGGUCACGAUGCAGUCAUUAGAGAAGAAGUCUCUGCUGCUUCCAUGACACCCUGAAGUCCAAAUUUCAAAAACAGUUGAUGGAAGACCUGCAAUAAUAAGCAGCAUGUAUCUGAAGCAACGGUGCCAGUCUGAACCACAGCAAUGAAAAGCUAGUGUAAUCGGUAAUUCUUUGUAUUCUGUGGCUUUUGCCAGUUGCUGAGGUAUUUCAAAGGAGCCUGGCCUGCAUCUCUCUCACACACACACACGAUUGGUAGAAGCCGGUCUGAAUCUGAACAAGUGAAUUGCAGUCAAACCACUUCUUUCUGCUAAAUUUCUCUAAGAUGGCAAAUGAGAUGUGCUUCUUUCAUGAGGUCGCUAAAAUUAAAUUGAAUACAACACUAAA